AUGAAUGGAUGGAUAAUAAAUCUGUUAUAUAGGGUAGUUUGCAUCAUAUUUGUGGCAAAUCUUUUGCCGCCUGGUUUUGUUUCACCUCAGCUGUCCACAACCUUCUACGACAAUUCGUGUCCUUCAGCUUUGCAAAUCAUCAAAAACACUGUUGAUGCAGCAGUCCAAAAAGAGAAACGCAUGGGAGCUUCGCUACUCCGCCUUCAAUUUCAUGACUGUUUCGUUCAAGGUUGUGAUGGUUCUAUUCUAUUAGAUGACACUCCUACCUUCACUGGUGAGAAGACAGCUUUACCAAACAAUAAUUCUGUGAGAGGUUUCGAUGUGAUCAAUACAAUCAAAGCAAAUGUUGAAAGUGCUUGUAAGCAAGUAGUAUCAUGCGCUGAUAUUGUAGCAGUUGCUGCUCGUGACUCCGUAGUUGCAUUAGGAGGGCCUUAUUGGGAUGUGUUACUUGGAAGAAGGGAUUCAUUAACUGCAAAUUUAAGCCAGGCGAAUACAGAUUUACCUGGGCCACAACUUAAUCUCAGCGCCCUCGAAUCAGCUUUCUCUAAAAAGAAUCUGAGUGUUAAUAACAUGGUAGCACUAUCAGGGGCACAUACAAUAGGGCAAGCAAGGUGCAUCACAUUUAGAAAUCGAAUAUACAACGACACCAACAUUAAUGCUUCAUUUGCUUUAUCCUUACGAGCCAACUGCUCUACCUCCAGCAGCAAUGACAGCAACCUGGCCCCUCUUGAUACUGUUACUUCAACCAUCUUUGACAAUUAUUACUACAGAAAUUUGCUAAGUGAGAAGGGCCUUUUGCAUUCUGAUCAAGAGCUCUACAAUGGCAAGUCUACUGAUUCUCAAGUCAGUACCUAUGCGAAUAACACUGCCAAUUUCUUCAUGAAUUUUACUAAAGCCAUAAUUAAAAUGGGUAAUAUAAGUCCUCUUACUGGAACUGCGGGAGAGAUCAGACUCAACUGCAGUAAGAUCAACUGA